GCCGUUUCCCCCGCCUCUGUAGGCAGAGCCGCUGCCCGGCCUGCCUGGCUCUGAAAAGCGGCCGCCGCCGCCGCGGUGUGAGGAGGGGAGGAACGAGAAAGAAGCGCGUCCUUUUCACCCUCAAGAGCUGCGGGCUGGAGCGCGGGAAGCGAGACAGGAGGGCGACGGGCGCUGCAGAGAUACUAUCCUGUAGUCUCUGUCUAUUGGGAGAUGGAAUCAAUCUCUAUGAUGGGGAGUCCUAAAAACUUAAAUGAAACUUUUUUGCCAAAUGGUAUAAAUGGUAUCAAGGACAACAAUAAGGUCACAAUUGGUAUAAUUGGAAGUGGGGACUUUGCUAAAUCUUUGACAAUCAGACUUAUCAGGUGUGGGUACCGUGUGGUUGUGGGAAGCAGAAACCCCAAGUUUGCUGCUGAGUUCUUCCCACAUGUCAUCGAUGUCACUCAUCGUGAAGAUGCUGUAGCAAAAACAAAUUUAAUCUUUGUCGCCAUCCACAGAGAACACUACAGUUCUUUGUGGGAUCUCAAACACCUGCUUGUUGGUAAAAUCCUUGUGGAUGUCAGCAACAACAUGAGAGUCAACCAGUAUCCAGAAUCCAAUGCAGAAUACUUGGCAUCCCUUUUCCCAGAUUCCAUUGUCGUCAAAGGAUUCAAUGUUAUUUCAGCCUGGGCACUGCAGUUAGGACCAAAAGAUGCCAGCAGACAGGUCUACAUAUGUAGUAACAGUGUUCAGGCUCGUCAUCAAGUUAUUGAACUUGCUCGUCAGCUCAGCUUUAUCCCCUUUGAUUCGGGUGCUUUAUCAUCUGCAAAGGAGAUUGAAAAUUUACCUCUGCGACUCUUCACACUGUGGAAAGGACCAGUUAUAGUGGCAGUUAGCCUGGCUACUUUCUUCUUCGUCUAUUCAUUCAUCAGAGAUGUAAUACAUCCAUAUUUGAGAAACCAGCAGAGUGAUUUCUACAAGAUUCCUAUUGAGAUUGUGAAUAAGACAUUGCCAGUUGUUGCUAUCACUUUACUGUCUUUAGUGUAUUUAUCGGGACUUCUAGCAGCUGCUUAUCAGCUUUAUUAUGGCACCAAAUACAAACGAUUUCCACCCUGGAUAGAGAGCUGGUUGCAGUGCAGAAAACAGCUUGGGCUGCUUAGCUUUUUCUUUGCAACAGUACAUGUGGCUUACAGCCUGUGUUUGCCCAUGAGGAGAUCAGAACGCUACUUGUUCCUCAAUACGGCAUAUCAGCAGGUCCAUGCAAAUGUUGAAAAUUCGUGGAAUGAGGAAGAAGUAUGGCGCAUUGAAAUGUAUGUCUCCUUUGGAAUAAUGAGCCUUGGUCUCCUUUCUCUGCUGGCUGUAACUUCUAUUCCUUCAGUAAACCAAUCUUUAAAUUGGAGGGAAUUCAGUUUUAUACAGUCUACACUGGGAUAUGUUGCUCUGCUCAUAAGUACUUUCCAUGUGUUGAUUUAUGGAUGGAAACGAGCCUUUGAAGAAGAAUACUACAGAUUUUACACACCACCAAACUUUGUUCUCGCACUGGUCUUACCAUGCACCGUAAUUUUGGGUAAGAUAAUUUUGCUCUUGCCUUGUAUAAGCAGGAAACUGAAACGGAUAAGAAGAGGAUGGGAGAAAAGCCAGUUUAUGGAUGAUGGAAGUGGAACUGUUCCACAUCCCUCACCAGAACGGAUUACAGUCAUGUGAUUGUACAGUAACGCUGUUACCCCUGUCAACAUUAUCCUUUCAAAGAAGUUUAAUACAUGAGUUCAUACAAACUUUGCUGUAAACUGAAAAUUUGGUCUUUGGUGAUAUAGUAGGGCUUAUGGUAAAAGCCAUUAGUCAAGAAUGAGCACCUGGGGGUGAAGAUAAAUGUAUCAUUCUAGCAUAUUGAUAUGCAUUGCCACCCACAUCUCCACAUCUCAGUGCAGACAGAAAUGCACGUGCUUGUAUUCUGCCAAGUGCCACCACAAGUGGUUUCCUUGGGACCCGUGGUCAUGUACAAUGCCUGACUACAUCCACCUCUCUUUCUCUACACUGAGGCUAUUUGAACAGAAUUUUAAGAAAUGCAAAUCUUUUAAUAGCUUAGUGAAACAGAAAAGCCAUUGGGUUUUGUGUGACAUGUUUUGGGAUUAUAUUUGCUGCUUGUAAUUUCUCUCUAAAUUGCUUAAUAAUACUUUUAAAUGUGCUUUACAUUUUUGCCCAUUUUUGUUUUUACAAUGAGCUUCUGUGAUGAAUGUGCUAAUGUGAAACAGAAAUAUGUUUGUACUUCUAAUGCUUCAUUAUAAAUUGAUGAUCCCUUGCAUCUGAAA